AUGACUGGAAAGCAGAGCCCCAUGCGCAUGUUGAUCAUGCUGCCCCUGAUCUUCGUCAUGGGCAAGAUCGACUUUGAGAACGAGUCGCUGCUGCUGGCAGCCCGCACGGCUUUCUUCGUGUGCCAAGCCACGGCGCUGCUCGUCGGGCUUUACCUCAAGCAGCUCAUUGAGCGCAAGCACGACACGCGCAAGAUCUUUGUACCCGGAGUGAAGUCGCCGUUUGACCAGUCGCCCAACUAUGAAGAACUCACGGAGUCAACGUAUGAAGCCCAUGAACUGGCCAAAGUGAACGAGUUCAUUAAACAGACGCUCAUUGGCGCUGGCAUCUCGUCGCUCAUUCACUUCAAAAUGGGCGUGAACCACGUCGUGAUGAUCCAGAGCAUCAUGAUGCCCAUCAAUCUAUGGGACAAUGCACUCGUCCAGGCCUAUCUUCUCGGCCGUCGGAACGGCCGCAUCUGGAACGAGCGGCUAGAGGGGGAGUCGGCAGCAGAAGCAGAAGCGGCAAUGGCUGGCAACACAACAACGACGACGGUAGCUGCAGCCUCAACAUCUAUGGACGCAAACGUGGUGAGUCAGCAGGUGGCGGUGACGCCGGAGGAGGCUGUUGCUGAAGCUCUGGCGGCUGGCGCAGAUGCCGACUUUGACGCGCUCUGGAUGAUUGUCAAGCACAAAGUGAACGCCAAGACGGAGGAGGACCAGUGGACAGCGCUCAUGGUGGCCUGCGGCUCGCCUGUCGACACGGACGAGUUUAUUCGGAAGGCGGUAAACGCUGGUGCUGAUGUGCUGGCAGUGGAUGGCGAUGGCUGGACGGCGCUGCAUUGGAGUGCGUUCCACGGACGACCGGAGGCGGCAGAGGCACUGCUGUCGAGUAUUUCGACGGCGAUGUGCGAGAAACUGCUUGCAGUCAAGGCGUCUGAUGGACGAACGGCGGCAGAGGUUGCAAAGGGAGAGGAGAAGGCCGACGUCGUCGAUGUGUUGGCCAGUUUCAACAAAAUUGAUGCGAGCGGCGACGAGGCGUCGACACUGCGCCAGCGGAAGGCUGGUGGAUCGUCAGUGGAAGACGUGGACUAG